AUGGUCUACAUACCACCAUUGAACUUCGCACCAGUGAUCAGCACAGAAGUGCUGCUAUACAGAUCUGGCUUUCCGAUGCCACUGAACUAUCCAUUUAUCAAGGAUCAGUUACAUCUUCGAACUGUGAUUUAUGUCGGGGACAAGGAGAUAGCCGAUGAUUAUAAAGAGUUCUUGGAUGAACAAAACAUCAGCUACCAUUACAUUCACAUGAAUUCAUGUUUAGAUCCCGAGAUCCAUCAGCAAAUGGAUAGGGUCUUGAGACUCGUCCUCGAUAUCGAGAAUUAUCCAAUAUUGAUCCAUUCCAACAAAGGGAAGCACAGAGUUGGCGUGGUUGUUGGGAUAAUACGCAAACUACUACAGGGCUGGUCUACUACAGGCAUAUAUCAAGAAUACGGUAUUUUCAGCGGCGGUUUGAAGGGAGCUGCUGACCUUGAAUUCAUUACAAUGUUUAAUACCGAACUUACCGUGGAUAAACGUAAACUUCCGGAUUUUGUCAGGAAUUUCGAGAGCACGUAG